AUGUUUAUUCUACUCGCUAUAACCAAAUUUCUAACGUUUUUGGCUACUCCAACAUCGGCUAGACCAGCCAGCUUGGUAGCGUUGAUACGGUACAAGGAUUCGUUUCCAAAGCCAUCAGCUUUUGCCUAUUUUAUACCACCAACAAACGCUGCGGCAACUGCAACAACACUAUGGUGUUGUUGGCCACCAACAACCACAGCUGCACCAAAUCCAUGUUAUAGCUGCCCAUGGUGUUGUAACCCACCUACUACGACACCACCUCCUCCACCACCGCCAAACCCAUGCUACAGCUGUCCGUGGUGUUGCAAUCCACCUACUACAACAACAGCUGCUCCUGAUCCGUGCGCGAGUUGUCCGUGGUGUUGCUACAGCUAUACUACAACUACGGCCGCACCACCUCCGCCAAACCCAUGUUAUAGCUGUCCAUGGUGCUGCAAUCCACCUACAACGACGCCAGCUCCUCCACCACCGAAUCCAUGUUUAUCUUGUCCAUGGUGUUGUUAUCCACCUUCGUCUACUCCAGCACCGCCUUCGCCAAAUCCAUAUUAUAGUUGUCCGUGGUGCUGUAACCCACCUACAACUACACCACCUCCUCCACCACCGCCAAACCCAUGCUACAGCUGUCCAUGGUGUUGCUACGCUCUAACUACGACAACCGCAGCUCCAGUAUAUUAUCCAUGUGGCUGUCCUAGCUGUUGUGCCCUAUUAGCCUCUUCUGGAUUCGCCGGAGCAAUCCCAACGCUUCUGAAUGCCACGUUACCAGGAUUGGGAAUUCUACCUGGAUCAACGAUAUUACUACCGGAAUCUGAAUCGGUGACGAGGAAGGCUUCAGCAAAUGGCUUGACUUCAGAAAUUGGUAAGACUUCAGAAGUUGGAAAUAGUAAGAUUCCUGGAUUUAAUUCGUUGUUAUCUGGAUUACCAGGCCAUUCUUGGACUAACAGUACGGCAAACGUUGGGAAUAGUAGUACCAUCUGGUUGAUAGAGCCAUCUGGGGCUGCUUAUCCUUUAAAUUCGAAAUUCAAAGAGCUACUGAAGCAAAAUCACACUGAAGACUACAAAAAUGGUGGUGAUGAGAAUAAUAUUGACAACACAGUAGGUUUUUGCUAUCUUAUAAACAUUUUUAAACUAAACCUUGAAAAUAGUCAAAUUUAGGUUUUCAUCGUUUUUUAUCCGGUUUUUAAACUUUUUUUUAAAUUUAAAACUAUUUUAAAUGUUCAGAUUCCAAACUCAGAAAGCUCGGACCUAGCUGGACUGCCAGGCUAUCAAAUUCCAGUCCUUCAUCACGCUGAUGAAGCUUUCAAAACGAAGCCGAAGAAAGAAACAAUCCCAAAAAAUGAGACGAGUUGGCCGUUUCCAAAAAAGUAUCGUGAUGAAACUUAAUGUUAUCAUUGAUUUUUAAUAAUAACUUUAAUAAUAAAUUAUCUUAAAAGCUUAGGGAUACCAUAAAUAAUACAUAAAGAAGGUUUUAAAGCUGAAAGUACCCGUCAGAGUAGAAUACCAUGCUGAAAUCAUCGAAAGAAUAGAGAUUUUUCUAAAAAUUUUUAUAUUAUACUUGAUUUUAUUAAUGUAAACACGACAUAGAGAGCUAAAAUUUUUUAAAUAUGAAAUUCAGGUCAGGAAAACAAUGAAGUUUUAUAAUCCGUAAAAGGUAAAGGAUUUCUUCUUUUUCGAUAAAGGCGGAGAUAAAAAAAAUUUUGUCGACGAAGUGCCAAAAAUGUUAUUGGAAAAUGUUUAUUUUUAUAUUUUUCGAGUUUUUGAAGAUAUUCUGCCAGAAUCCUUGACAAAUGUGAGAUCUUGUCUUAAAAAUUUUAUUGGAAUGCAGAUAAGUUCAACUGUUUUAAACGUUACUAUUUUUUAGGAUUGUGAUUUUUAUAUCUUUUUCACUUUUUAUGCUAUUUUAUUUUAUGUUUUCGCGCCACAUUAUGUUAUCCAUGACCCAAAACUAACGUUUCUCAUUUCAGAUCGGAAUCCACAUCGGCACCUCACAGUUUUGGCCAUCUUUAUGAAUGGUAAGUUGCUUUUCCUUUAUUGUUUUUGUUUUUAGGGUAAUGUUUGGAGGUUUUAAUAGUGUUUUGAUGUUAGAAUGGUAAUAUAUGCCAGGUUUUUUGUUCUUAUACUUGGUUGAUAGAUCAAGAUGCUAAAUAUAGUUUUAAUAUGAUGAGCUAGCUUAUUUCAGUUUUGAGUUUUGAUUCCGAAAUAGAUUUAAGUUUUCAGAUCACAGUAUCCAUAGCAACCUCUUGAUUUGA